CUUGCUACCCACUUGAUGGUCUGCCGGGAGGGAAUGAAACACCUUGCUUAGAACACCAGUCCUUAUUCUUGUUUUCACUUGCCAGCCAUCAUCAACCUUUUCCUCUGUGGUGGCUUAACACUAACUCCCCCCUGCUCCACCCUAGUCUCUCUGUUCAUGUGACUUGGUGGUAUCUGCCUUUGGGCAGGCAUUUGUUCCUUACCUUUCAGCUCUGCAAAGAGGAAGAGCAGCACCUUACUUCACAACUGCAGCUAGUCUCGAUCCUGCCUCCGCCAUGGGCAGGCGUGCUCUGGAGGUGGUCCUGCUAAACGUCGCCUGUGCAUUUUUAUCCUGCCAUGCCGAUGCGGGGAAUUAUGAGAUAGAGCUCAAAUCAACCCCACAAUCUACUUCGUUCCUACAGAGAACUACUUCUGUUCAGUCAGUUUCCCCAUAUCAGAUAACUUCUUCCAGCCAUGCAGUCACCACGCUUUUCUCCAGCAGAACAAGUAAUAUUAUAACCACCUCAUUAAGCCAAAGAACAUCUGUGCUCCCUGCCACUCAAACAACAAACCGUCUUCCGGUAACAACAGCAUUGGCCCCUAACAUGACAACGCAAGCAAGAGAAAACAGCACCCAGCUGACUAGCAAGACGACCCAUCUAAUAUUAACAACUACAGUAGCAGGUAAAAAAACAACUGCAAAGCCCCCACUGCCGACCAAUGAAACUACAACCCAUGUAAGAGUAACAACUACAGCACAAACAUCUAACAAGACAACCAUCCAGAGAACCGAGAAAACCACACUGCCAACCAACCAAACAACCCAUUCAAGGGUAGCAACUACAGCUGCAGCUAAGAAGACAACUGCAAAGCCUACAUCACCAACCAAUCAAACUACAACCCUUGCAGUAACAACUACAGCAACAACCAAGAAGACAGCCGUAAAGACCAUCGCACAGACAACUAAACAAACAACACAUACAGCAGCAAAAACUACAGCCAGAACCAACAUGACAACCAUUCCUCCAAGGAAUCAAACAACCAGACCUGCUACGACAGCCACCGUGGGGCCCACCCUCGCACCUGAUCCAUCAUCACCCACUACUGGAGCCUACAAUGUUUCCAAUGGAAGUGUGAUCUGCAUUAAAGCAUCAAUGGGAUUGGAGCUGAUUGUUCAAAACUCUAAGACGCAGAAGAAGGGAUACUUCAAUAUUCAUCCCAGUAUCACACAAAUAUCUGGAAGCUGUGGAAAUCUGCAAUCAGAUCUGAACUUAACUUUUAACGGUGGCUUUAUAAGCUUUACCUUUGCAAAAAAAGAUAGAGUCUAUUACGUCAGUACAGUUGAGGCCAGCUUAAAGAUACCUUCUGUGGGUUCAUGGCACAAUGUUACAAGCAAGCAGCUGUUUACAGCUACGAUGGGGAAUUCAUUUAAGUGUCUCAGCAAACAGAUGGUGAACCUGGCAGACAACUUCCAGCUGCUCACUGUUAACACCCAACUCCAAGCCUUUGCCAUUGUUGGUGACCAGUUUGGGAAAGUGGAGGAGUGCGCAGCUGACUUCAACAUCAUUUUUCCUGCGAUUGGUUUCUUCGUGAUCUUUAUCGCCGGCAUCUUGGCACUCAUCCUAUAUGCAGUCUGCCUUAAGUGUAAAUCGCCUGUGUACCAGAGAAUCUAGCGGAUCAAAAUAAUUUCAUAUAAAUAAUGAGAAGCAUUUAAUGAAAAGAUUUUAGAAUUUCAAGUCUACCAUAAUUUUCCUUCUAAUAACACUGUUAGGCCACUAAAAAUACUGUGGCAUUUUACAUUGUUCUAUUUCAGUUCAACUGUUUGUUUUUACAACACAGUUUAUGGAUCAUACGUAGGAAAUGAGUUAAUAUAAGGAAGAGCGUAAAUUUGAAAACUGAAUUUAUAAAGAACAUGCAAUAUAACUAUUACUCUCUCAGCACGUUACUGGCAUUUUAAGGGCAUAAUCCUGAGGGCUGCUGAAGGAGUGUAGCAUCUCACAGGAUCAGGUUGUAAACUUUCCUGACUGGGUCCUUUUAAAGUUUUGAACAUAUAAAUUUUGUUUGUUUUAUUCACAGUUAAGGCCGUGAAUAGCUGCAGUGCAGCGUAUUUAACUGAUCUCCUUUCUUGUAUGUUCCUAGCCAUUUGUUAGAAUCUCAAAUAUUGGGUUUCCUUGUCUGUCCAGUUUUUAAUCUUUUAUCAAUGGGAACCAAAGCAUUUUCUUGUUAUGUUCCUUACCUGGGAAACUCUGUUACUAUUCAGUCUUAACAUUUGAUAUCCAGUUGAAGAGAGAUCUAUUCACUCUUGCUUUAACAGGUCUUAAUUACUAAUAAUUUAACUAAUUACACAAUAAUUUCAUUGUGCAGUGCCCUGUGCCAUUUUUAUGGAUGAUGCAUAAUAAAUACAUUUUAUUGCAUAUUUUGGCCUAGAAUUAUAAAUCAAACUAUUAGUGGUGAACAAUGUUUGAAUUCAUGUUUAUCUUUUUUUUCCCCUAGUGUGUGUGGGGGAAGGGGAAGGUCUUUUUUUAUUUAAAAUUAAAAAAAAAAAAAAGGAAAAAAAGCUAAAUGCGAUCCUUUUCCAUGCAAUGAGUAAAAUGAUAGAUUUGUGCUACCUGGCACUGGUGCGGCGUACAAUACAAAUGCAGCCAUAGGGCCAGAUCGAUAGCUGGUGUAAAAUCAGCAAAGCUUCAUUGAAGCCAUUGGAGCUAUGGCCAUUUACACAAACUAAAGCCAGUGCAGAUACAAUGAUUUUUACAGCAGCUGAGGAGUCAAUGGACCUUCACUGCUUUACAGCUGCUGAGGAUGUGAAUCUAUUCUCUGACAAGCAGUAACACCCUAUCAACCCAAUCCCAUGAACAGAUGUUUUCAAGCAGCAUGAACAAAUGGCAGUAGAGAUGUAGAUAGAGGAAAUUGCUUGGUCAGGAAGUGUUGAGUUUUAUGGGAAGUAAGAGCAGGCAGCAAACUUGCUGCCUGAGUUGCUACAUGCAAUUUUUUGACAGCUGCUCAUGCUCAUUUCCUGCCAGAAUUUAGCUUAAUACUGGUGGGUGGCUUAUCUUCUGAGAAAUUGUUCAUAUAAUGUUGUUCUUAGGAGCUUCCAGCUUCAGAGGGGGGAAAUCUACAGAUUUAGUGGGUCUUGGUUGCAAGGUUUUGUUGUCAAAUGUUCUGUUUGAGGAAAUAUUCCAUACAAAGUAUGGGUUGAAAAGGAGGAACAUGCAGUGAGAUUUUUACAAUCUUACCAUAUAAUACUCUGUAUAUUGGACAUGCUGUCACACUAACACCACUAUUGACAUCAUCCAUUUCUUCUAUUUGCUUUUGCUCAUACGUAUGGGUGAUCAACGCUGACAAUGCUACCUAACCUAGUGGCCCCACUCCUCCUUGUCAUAGUUGUUCAUUGCCAACAUCUGCCACUUGUCCAACAUCUAGCACACAGUAUAGGAUCAUAGAUGCUAGAAACAAAAACACUCUGCUAAAAUCCCUAACUCCUUUAGGCACCACUGAAAAUCACAACCUAGAUCAUGUACUACAUCCUACUGCAAAUGCAACAUAUCCCCUUUCUUGUUAAGUUGUAUCACAUAUUAUACCAAACCCAUACUUAUUCUUAGCCAAAAGGCCAAUAAGAUCAUAAUGCAAAGCUUUAUUUCCUUCUGUCCCUUAUUUUUCCACAAAGGGCAAAUAAAGGCCAAUCUAAAAAUUGGCUGCGAAGUGCUGCAAGGAGAGUGGUGGAAGAUUUAAAUGUACUUCUUGAGACUACAGACACCAUUAGCUUAUAGACUUAUCUCCUUAACUGUUAUCCUGCCAUUAUCAAUGGGUCCCAACAUAAUUACUCAGUUAUGAAAAUCGUGUAUGCUCUGUACUUUUCCAUUGUUGGAGUUUUUGUAAUAAAGAUUGUUUUCAGUCAUUUUCA